AUUUUUAUUUUUUUAAUAUUUUUAUGAGAGAAACUUUACAACUGUAAUGUUAGUUUUUUAUUAAAGAAACGGGAAAAAUAUAUUUGUUUGCUUCUGCAAGUAACUUUUUCCCGGCAGCCUAAACGGAAACUAGUUGAAUUUGGGUUGAAUUUCAUUUGCAUUUCGCCUGAAUUUCUGCUGUUUAAAAACCACACUCCCUAUCUUCCAUUCUUCAUUUCAGCUUCUCUCGUCUCCUCGUCUCCUCUCCGGCAAUCAGAGAGAAGCAAAACCUUAAAGCUCAAUCAAAGAUUAUAAAAAAUGGCAGAUGCUGAGGAUAUUCAACCUCUUGUCUGUGACAAUGGAACUGGAAUGGUCAAGGCAGGUUUUGCUGGUGAUGAUGCCCCUAGGGCAGUGUUCCCUAGCAUUGUUGGCCGGCCUCGUCAUACAGGUGUCAUGGUUGGAAUGGGACAAAAAGAUGCGUAUGUAGGUGAUGAGGCCCAAUCAAAAAGAGGUAUCCUCACAUUGAAAUACCCUAUUGAACAUGGCAUUGUCAGCAAUUGGGAUGACAUGGAAAAGAUUUGGCAUCAUACGUUCUACAAUGAGCUGCGUGUUGCUCCUGAAGAACAUCCAGUUCUUCUUACUGAGGCACCUCUCAACCCUAAGGCUAAUAGAGAGAAGAUGACCCAGAUCAUGUUUGAAACUUUCAAUGUGCCUGCCAUGUAUGUUGCUAUCCAGGCUGUUCUGUCACUCUAUGCCAGUGGUCGCACAACAGGUAUUGUCUUGGAUUCUGGUGAUGGUGUGAGCCACACAGUGCCAAUUUAUGAAGGUUAUGCCCUCCCCCAUGCAAUCCUUCGGUUGGACCUUGCUGGUCGUGAUCUUACAGAUGCCUUGAUGAAGAUCUUGACAGAGAGAGGCUACUCUUUCACCACUACUGCUGAACGGGAAAUUGUACGUGACAUGAAAGAGAAACUUGCUUAUGUUGCUCUUGACUAUGAACAAGAGUUGGAGACUGCCAAGAGUAGCUCUGCAAUUGAAAAGAGCUAUGAAUUGCCUGAUGGGCAAGUGAUCACCAUUGGGGCAGAGAGGUUCCGCUGCCCUGAAGUCCUGUUCCAGCCAUCACUAAUUGGAAUGGAAGCUGCUGGAAUCCACGAAACCACUUACAACUCCAUCAUGAAGUGUGAUGUCGAUAUCAGGAAGGACCUUUAUGGAAACAUUGUUCUUAGCGGUGGAUCAACCAUGUUCCCUGGUAUCGCUGAUAGAAUGAGCAAGGAAAUCACUGCCCUUGCUCCUGCAAGCAUGAAGAUCAAGGUUGUUGCUCCUCCUGAGAGAAAAUAUAGUGUAUGGAUUGGGGGAUCCAUCUUGGCAUCUCUUAGCACCUUCCAACAGAUGUGGAUUACCAAGAGUGAGUAUGAUGAAUCAGGUCCAGCCAUUGUUCACCGGAAGUGCUUCUAAUUUGGAUGAAGAGACUGGAGGAUUAAGGUCUCAUCUCUUGACCAGUUGGUCUUGUGUCAUAUGUCUAAGAUGGUUUGGUUGAUUUUGAAGCUUGGUUUAUUGGUUGAGGAAAGUAGUUUUCCUAGUCAGUGCUUGAGUCUUUGCGUCUUGUUAGGGUUCUAGAUGCCAUAUUAUCACUGGAAAAAGAGUGGCGUGUAUCGAAAGUCCAUUUCAGUUUCUGUUGCUUCGGUCUAUUAUUUUUGUAUCGGGCCAAGAGUAUUCUAGGUGGACAUUAUUUGGUUUUCUUCCCACUUCGGGGAUUUUUGAGUCUUUGCAUCUUAAAUUUAUUUUAAGAGGAAUUUGAUUUCAUUUCAGUGGUGAUGCAGAACUGUUAAGAAAAAUAUGUUAUACCAACUACUGGGAAAACUGUUUAAACCGAUUAAAUGCUCUUGAUAAGU